AUGGUUUUUGUUGAUAAAGAAGGGACAAGAAUUCAUGCUUCUGUUGGUGAACAACUCAUCAAAAAAUUCGAUGACAAGCUACGCGAGGGAGAUGCGAUUGUUGUCCAGUUGUUCAAAGUGUACGAUGCUAUUGGUGAAUACCGUACAAUGCCACAUCCGUACAAAAUUGGCUUCUUUCAAACAACAUUUGUUGGAAAAGCUGAUGAUUUUUCAAGUGCAGUUCCCGAAAAGUAUUUCGCGGACUUCUCUGAUAUUCUUGGUGAAAAUCUUGAUCAUAGCUGUUUGGUUGAUGUGGUUGGCCAAAUAGUUAACUCCGGAUUCUGUUCUGUUAAAGAGUGGAAAGGUGCUUACUCCAUAUCUAGCGGGUAUAAUUCAACCCAUAUUUUGCUCAACCCAACACUUGAAUUUAUUGAGGAGUUCAAAGCAAGUCUCCCUGAUUUUUUACUUGCUCUUACAAACAACGAUAGUAGCCAAUGGUCUGUUGGUACAGCUACAUCUAUUCGUGCCAGGUUUUUUAUUCUUAAUGAGAGGCUAACCAUAAGAGAGAUCAUUGAUAGUACUCUGGUUGACACUUUUGUCACUCUGAGGACUAUUGAAACAAUUGAUACUGAACGUGGCUGGUUCAAAUUAAUUGCUCAUGUUAAGGACGACAGCGGUGAGGCUAAUUUUCUUUUGUUUGAUGCUAAUGCUCAACAAAUUGUACGUCAUUCUGCCUUUGAACUCUAUGACGAGAAUGAAGAUGAAGACUUCUUACCAGAAGCAGUUAGCGAUCUCUUUGGAAAGAGCUCUCAGUAUGUUGUUCGAUUGGCUACUGAUGACUGUGAAAUGGUUGAGGAAUUUGCUGAUUUGCCUCCUAAACCGAUCCUAAUGUUGGAGUCCGCAGAUGAUAUUUCCUCUGGUUCUGGUGGUUUUACAGCAACUCCUUUGUCCAAAAGAAAAAGCGAACAAGAUGAAGACAGUUCCCUUGAGGUUCAACACUCUGUUAACAAGAAACCCUCUCAAAAGAAACUCAAGGGCGAGUGA